AUGGCCCCCCAACUCCUCCUCAGCUUGCCCUUCCCCGGCUCGCCCACCAUGGUCCUCCCGCACGCCUCGCUCUGCGCCCCGAGCUCGUCCAGCAGCAGUCCGAGCCCCGACAGCCGGCAGGCGAUCCUCGAGUCCGUCUGCCGCCACAACCGGCUCCCGCUCGCCUUCGCCGCCCAUCUGCGCCUCUCCAGGGCCGGCAGACCCUGGGACGGCGCCCUCCUCCCUCAAGACCUCCUCCCCCUCCAGCCGUUCAUCGUCGCUGAGGUCGCCAUGAGGCUCCGCGGCGGCGGCCCUAAGAAGCGGUGCCAGCACGCCAAGAACUCGCUCACCGAGACCCAGUGCUCUCAGCCGGCCUUGCGCCUCGUCGGCGACUGCCCCCACUGCACCCUGCCCUUCUGCUCUCGUCACCGCCUCCCCGAGGACCAUGCCUGCCUCAACAUGUCGUCCUGUCGUGAGGCUGCGUUUGCCAAGAACAAGGCCAAGCUCGAGAGCGAGCGCACCGUCGUCAGCAAGAUGGUCGGCGCUUGA